AUGGGAGUGGGCGCGAUCCUGGAACCGUUAGUCGUCAUCGUGCUUCUUUUCGGAGGCACUUGGAUUAACCGAUCAACUGCUCCCUUCUCUGCUACACGAUCAGCUCGUCGCCGGUCUGACCCUGUUCACCUAUCGCGUGACCCUUCUCCCGACUCCAUCGAAUCCGGUCUUCAAACCCCCACCGUCAAAGAUGGCCUGCUAAAUCGGCGCGCGAUAUCUCCUUCUCUGCUGCAGCUGGAACAAGAGCCCGCUAGAUGGCGUAAGAGGACUAUCGGCCUCCUCCGCUGGACCACCGAUGCGACAUCUCCAAACACCGCGAUUUUCCAAGAUCGUUUCCUCAGCCGCCUACUACGCAAGCUUCCCUUCCUCGCCGAAUGCUGGUAUUGGGCGUUGGUAUACUGGACGUACCAACUUGGACGAGCUUUCACCGCCGUUACGCUCCAAGAAGGAACUGUCGAUGUAGCAAGGAAACAUGCUCUACAGCUUAUCCGGAUUGAGAAGGCCAUUGGGAUCUUCUGGGAGGUCCCGAUCCAGCAAUUUUUCCUGCGCCAUGGCACUCUGAUGACCUGGAUUAACUGGAUCUACUCCUUCAUCCACAUCCCCGGAACCAUUGCGUUCCUCGUCUGGCUAUACUACUACACCAUCACGCGCAACCGGUUCGAUGAGUCUCAGCCAGGCAAGCCUCGCGGCGUCAUGAGCGGAUCUCCUGCCGGCCCGCGCCUCUACCAAGCUCGCAGACGGACGCUGGCGGUGUGCAACCUUCUCGCGUUCGUCGUCUUCACCCUGUGGCCAUGCAUGCCGCCUCGGCUAUUGAGCGACAAGAGCGUCGAAGGGCCGGAUGGGGAACUCGGACGCAGCUAUGGCUUUGUAGACACGGUGCAUGGAGCCAAUGGUGCAGGGAGCGUUUGGACAGAAAACCGAUUCUGUAACCAAUACGCCGCCAUGCCCUCCCUGCAUUUCGGGUAUUCCCUAAUGAUUGGCUUGACUAUCAUGACCAUUCCCCUGCCCCCGCAGCAUCGACGUGCGAUCACGAAACCCCGCUGGCUUCCGUGCUGCUUCGGGAGGAGAAUGCCGUCGUGGCGUCGCAUGAUCUGUCUGGCCGUGGGAUUCGCCUAUCCAUUUAUUAUUUUGGUGGCGAUUGUGGCGACGGCCAAUCACUUCAUCCUCGACGCGGUGGCUGGGGCUGUGGUGUGCGCUGUCGGAUGGUGGUCGAACGGCAUUUUGCUCAACCUGUUGCCAGUGGAGGACUACUUCCUGUGGGUUGUCCGGAUACACAAGCCGGAACCGACAGCCACGGAGGUUGACGAUAUCGAUGGAUGGUUGGACGACAAUACUCCUGAGCAUACUGCCCUUCCGGAGUAA